CUCUUCUUCCUCCUCUCAUAGGUUGUGAACCAAAGAAGCUGCAGCGAUGUCUGAGAAAAAGAUGACAUCCAGCCGCAGGCACCAUCUCAAGAGCCUGAUUCUUCAGAUCGCCGCCGGCUGGCUGGAGCAGGAGAAGAAGGACUUGGACGCAGCAAAGGAAGCCUACAUGUCAGAGCACUGUUCUUCUCCAGACACAAGUGGAGACCAGGCAGCCCUGAUGGAACUGUGCAAAAAGCUGCAUGCCGCCCUCGACAAGAUCGAUGAGGAUAGGUAUGAUGCUGAGGCCAAAGUGGCAAAGGCCGACAAAGAGAUUGAAGACCUGAAGAUCAAGGUUGUGGACCUGGUUGGUGUAAAGAAGCCAGCUCUGAAGAAGGUGCGUAUGUCCGCUGACUCCAUGCUCCAGGCUCUGCUGGGCUCCAAACACAAGGUCACCAUGGAUCUGAGGUCCAACCUCAAACAAGUCAAGAAGGAGGUCAAGGAGGAGCCAACAGAGGCCGUCGGUGACUGGCGUAAGAACAUUGAGGAUAAGGCUGACAGGAAGAAGAUGUUCGAGACUUCCUAAACACCAACGCCCAUCUGUCACAGUGCUGUUUGUGUUUUCUGUGUUUAUGUAGUCCACUUGUCGUAUCUGUUGGUUGUACCCGAUGGUCAUUUUGGUCAAGUCACACGUAGUUGUAUGACCUCGCUGUAGGUUCUACUGCAGGGAGAGGAUUAGAUGGGUCACAUGGAAGGUUGUUGAAGUUUCCAGAAAGUUUUCUAUUUCUCUCCUCAGUGUUUUUUGCACCAUGUGUGGCUCUUCUAGAGAGGAGGAGAAGGGGAGAGUAUCAUGGGGAUUUUGCAGGUUCAAUACUAAGACACCACAAAGCUUCACAUCGUCAUCUUUUAACUGGGAGGUACAGGUAAUAUAGUCACAUAAACAGAAUAAAAAAAAUAUUAAAAACAAAUGUAAAGGAUGAU